AGAGGACAGGAGUGUAGCAAGAGACCUCGAAGGAACAAGUCGUACUCUGGGGAGCAGUCAGAGAGUGAACGAGAGACAGGGAAGUGCCUGACGAACUAACAAAGUGUUACCCGUAUUUUGUUGCCGCCCCGUGCCCCGUCCUGUGUGCCGCCGCCACCUGUUCCCGGUGACUCGUGUAUAGUUGCUGUAAUAUAGAGAAAUAAGGAAGAAGUGUUUCCUUCUCCCCACUCUGUGUGACUGAGCUGAGUGAGAGUGGGUGCUAUAGCAGCAGACAGCCAGACCUGAGAGAGCGAUUUGCCCGCCGCUCCACCCUAGCCGCGCCGCGCCACCCAGAUACUGGAAGAAACUUCUGUGAGAGAAAGUAACUUUAAGGAAAGAGGAAAACAUGUCUCGCCGGAAAGGACUCAGUCAUGAAGAAAAGAGGCAGAAGAUGAUGGAACUAUUCUAUGAAAAGAAAGAUUUCUUCCAAUUGAAGGAGCUGGAGAAAAUAGGACCCAAAGAGAAGGGUGUUAUUUCUCAGGCUGUAAAAGAUGUGGUUCAGUCUCUUGUGGAUGAUGGUAUGGUGGACACAGAAAAGAUUGGCACGUCAGUAUACUUCUGGGCCUUUCCAAGUAAAGCCAUAAAUACUCGAAAGCGCAAGUUAAAUGAUAUGAACUCCAAGUUGCAGGAGGUGGACAAGAAAGUAAAGAUUUCUGUGAGCAAGGUGGAACAAGCAAAGGUUGGGCGUGAGGAGGAUGAGGCCCGCACUGAAGCACUGGCAUCACUGAAGGAAUUGCAGGAGACACAGAAUAAGCUACAAAUAGAGAUCCAAAAAUACCGUGAAAGUGAUCCAGAGGUGCUUGCUCAGAUGAAGGAGAGCAUUCAAGUGGCUCAAGCUGCUGCCAACCGCUGGACAGAUAAUAUUUUUAACAUCAAAAGUUGGUGCAAGAAUAAGUUUCAUAUAGAAGAAGAAAUGUUGAACAAGCAGUUCAGCAUACCUGAGGAACUGGAUUACAUAUAGGUGUGUGCUGCAGGUUGUCAUUGAUACCUUAAUCAGUUAAUCUUUGACAUUAUAAUGCAAUACAUGCUGAUUUAUUCAAUGAUAAUUUCUUUGUUGAUCAUUUUACUAUUCAUACUUGAUUUUCAUCUCAAACACUUCAUCAGUGACUGCUUAUCAUUUGCUAAUAUUUCAGUGAUCUAACUUUAGUUAGUGUUCACUUACUUGUAUUAUUAUAUCUUAAUGGACUGUAAGAGCUAUCUCCAGUAAUUUGAAAAUUUAAACAUACCCAUACCUUAGUAAUAAAUGACUUAGCACAGUUCUGGAACAUCCAGGGAUUAGGAUGAAUGACUUGCACAGUUUAGAGAUGUUUACAAGAUCCAGGGGAUGAGAAUGAAUGAAUGCCCAAUGUUAGAUUUGUAAAAAAUUUGCAAAUUUCAUGAGUGGCUGGUGAAGUGGAAAGAUGUGGAAAAGUAUCAUUACUAUUCCAAACAGAAGAGAGAACUUCCUUCUUUGUGAUCACAUCUAGAAAAUUCAGUUUCUCCAUUAUUUGUUAGAGUUGACAUGGAGGGAAAGGGGAUGUGGAGGUAAAGAUGAAGAAGGUAGACCCAGGAUGCAGUCAAAGGAAGCCUUGGCCAAUAUGACACAUCACUUUUGUUAGAAAGGUAGAUAGGGGGGCUACUUCAUCAAGUAGAGAGGUGUCUGUACAUGGAGUACAGCUGCAAGUACUUACCAUUACAAGAAAUGUGAAACCAUUACAAGAAAUGUUGUUCACAUCACAUGGAAAUCAAUUUUUUGUCGUCAUAGUGCAUUGAGAUUACUAGAAUUUAGUUUAUGUAUGUAUUAUUAAUUUGCAUAUAGAUGGAAUUUAAUUUCCAUUAGGUACUACCUACAUUUUAAAGAGAGCCAAGAGACCAGUUGUGUUGUGUCUCAUUUGGGAACAAAUGUACAAAAGAAAUCUAGUUUACCUUUAA